AUGGCGACAAGGAGCUUAACUGAAGUGUUUAUUCUGAUGAGGAACAAUGCUUUGCAAAGCAGGCAUAUUUUUUCAGAGCAGACAUCUGAUGAUCGUACAUCGCUGAUGUCCAGUGCUAACAUGGAUCCUGAGCUAGGCAUGGUGUCUGCCAGGACAGGCUCAUUACCUCCAGAAUGGAUUGAUAAACUCACAGAAAUUCAGUUUGAAUUUACAAAAAUUAAAGAGAAAAUGAAAGAGCUAUCAUCCUUACAUGACAGGCAUCUGAACCGGCCAACUAUGGACGACAGUGUGGAUGAGGAGCAUGAGAUUGAAAUUAGGACUCAACAGAUUACCCAGGUGUUUUCCCACUGCCAGCGUCUAGUCCAACAGAUCAAUAACCAAAGCAGUAGGGGUUCAUUAGAUGAAAGGAAAUUGUCUCACAACAUUGUGGCAUCUCUUGCUCGUACCUUGCAGGAAAUGUCCUCAAACUUCAGAAAAAGCCAGUCAGCAUAUUUGAGAAAAAUUAAGAGCAGAGAAGAAAGGUCCCAGCAGUAUUUUGGCACCCACGUCAGUGAAGAGACUAACCUGCUCAGGGAUGGAAUAGCAACAGAAUCUGAUAUUAUGUAUGAUAAGGGAUUCACAACUGUACAGAUGCAGAUUGUAGAAGACAAUACAGAACUGGUCCAGCACAGAGAGAAAGAAGUGGCUUCCAUUGUCCGUUCUAUCACAGACCUGAAUGAAAUAUUCAAAGACAUGGCUUCCAUGAUUGUAGAUCAGGGCACAAUCCUGGACCGUAUAGACUACAACAUUGAUAAUGCAGCUACUCAUACGGAAAAGGGGCUGGCCCAGCUGCAGGCAGCGGAGAAAUAUCAGAAAAAGAACCGCAAGAUGAUGUGUAUACUAGUGCUAGCUGCUGUGAUCAUUGUUCUUCUAGUCAUUCUCAUAGCUGUGAAAAGCUAG